AUGGAUGUUACAUCACUGCUGAAUCAAACAGCGACAGCUUUCUGUUGCAAGAAGCCUCAAAGAGAAAUCACACCGCCUUCUUUAGUAUUCCAACAAGACACCUUGACGUCCGCCUCGUUACCAACUCCUUCGCCAGACAGGACAACGCCACUGCAGGACUGGGAAUCCAAGGCCAGCAAAAACAGAACACCAUGGAGCGCAGGUGGCUACGCACUACCGUUGCAAGUUAAACCCAAGAUUCGAUCGAACUCAAUCAUUUCACUUCGGUCAGGAAGCGAUUUACUUGAUUCAGAUAGUUCUGUUGACUCUCUUGGUCGUGGGCGACACUCCAGAGACGGUUCAACGGAUUCAGUUUCCAUCGAUAUGGAGUCCUCGCAGAUUUCUUUGCCAUCAGCUAGACUGCAGCAAGACCGCCCGAAAAAUAGGGAAGAAUCAGACCAGGCGUGUAUAGAAACCCGUGGACCCGUGGGUCACAAGUUGUCCGAUAGUCACAGCAGCCUGUCGUCGUAUACCUCGUGGAGAUCCAGGUCUCACUCCAGAAUAUCGUCCGUGACGACUGUCGGUGGGAUUCACAGCGCUGGUCCAUCGCUGACGGAGUUACCAUUACUCGAAACUACCAUGGCACCACACAGUGAAUCAUACCAAACUCCAAUAUCGGCCAAGACAGCACCCCAGUCAUAUGGAGGCGGAUCAUCAUCACACAACCGACAUGGAGACUGGCACACAUCCAAAAGAAGUGGGAGUCCGUCGGACGCUGUCCUGAACAUGAAGGCUGCGGCAAAGCCACUGCAGACUGAAGUUGCACCGUCAAGUAACCCUUCCUCCAGAGCACGACGUCUCUCUGGCAUAUCAAGUUCACACAAGCGAGCCAUCUCUGCCCCGGACCCCUCAAUUGCCGCCAACUAUUCACAAUUCAACAAUCAUCGACAUCCACGUUCUGUACUUCCUCCUCCUCCACGAAUGACCAUGGCUGUAGCUGGUCGUACGAGUUCUCCCACGGUGGGACCUGUCAGCCUGACCAAAGUCGGCGCCGAAUACAGCAUACCAGACAAUGAGAGCUGCAGUGAAACGGAAGACGAUGUCGUCUCGCGUGUUUCUGCUCCGAAACCGAUGCGAAACCUUUCGUCUCCGGCUAUUUCUUCGGCAGCGCAGGACCAUGAUCAUCAUCAGACUGUCCACUCCCCAAAUACGUCCAUUCCCUUGGACGAGAGCCAGCAGCUAGUCUGUAUGUUUGUGGAGAAUUGUGAUACUGGGUCACAGCUGCGAAAGGCUAUUUCUCAUUUAUUUGGUCGUAACAAGUCAUGUACCAAGCUGAUUCCACCAAAUCUAUGGGUAAGCUAUUGUCGCAAACACUACCAGAGGAUCCGCUAUCGCAAUGCCCGGACAUAUCCUAUUACUCAAAUGGAACUAGUCGAGACACAAAUCGAACGACUCAAGGCUUGGAGUAAACGAAACCAAGAGAGCGGAAAGGGGGCCUACAUCCAGUCGUGGACGUUAUCACUCCGAAAGCGAGAAAAGAAGCGCCGCGAGGGAAAGAAAGGAGGCAAUGAAGACGAUGAGGAUGUAUCCGCCCUAGGGUCAGAGCAGAUUCCCUCGUUUAUUACUGACGAACUACGCGAAGGCCACAGUACUGACACCAUAUUCGCACUCGCUUCGAAGCUUCGUGAAGAAAUUGAGAACGGUACCUUGAGACAGGUCCCUGAGAUUGAAUUCUUGCCAGUUAUUGUUGGUGGCGAAAAAGACAAGGAGAAGGCCAAGGCAACCCGUCAACCAAGACAGAAUGCUUCGACUGCUACGAGCAAGCCAUCGAAACGAAAGGCACCAGACUCGCCAGUCAUUACUAGACCCGGUCCAGCGUUCAACAACAUGAGCUACGCAGGCUAUGCUCAUGACGGCGGAUAUGACGCCGACGGCAUAAUAAGCCCUUCAGGAAAACGACCACGAACUGCACGAGCUGCCAUCUUUCCACACCACCGGCCAUCAGAAGUACAUAUGCCUCAUUUGGUCGGCCCCGUCUACAAUACGUCGCCAUACAGCAACCUUGGCUCUUCCGGUCCCCCACGCGCGGAGGCCACUGUUCCCAAAAUCCAGGACAUGACCUAUGGUCACCCGUACCCGCACAAUGUUGACGCUGGACGGUACGGUCCCGAUGGCCCUACACACGGCCAUGUUCGAGUCGCAUCCCACCAGGGCAUACUUGGAAGGCACGACUACGGUCACGAGUCAUACUAUCAUGCCAGUGUGCCCAACUACGCACAGGCUCCAGUGCCAUUCUCAAGCAGCCAGAGCAGUCCGAAAUCUCCUCCCACUCUGCCUUCUAUUGCGCCGCGAACUCGUGGUGCUGGUUUAUCAUAUCAGCGCCGUGACCGAGCACUACCGAGAGCUUAUAUGAGUGGCUCAUCGCGGCCCAUGCAUCAGAGAUCUACCAGCGAGUACACCUUGAGUCGCCCUGGUUUCCCAUUCCCAGGCCGGCCAACCAGCUCUGGCAACUCUAACCUCGGAGAGCAUGGUAGAUACGAAGCCAGCGGACAGGCGCCACCACCUCCGGCGGUUUAUGGUGCUGGACACCACGAACCGCCAAGCUCUGCGGACGGUGAGCUGCGACACCAUCAGUACGAUGGAAGAUCUGGUUGGGCGCCUUCUUAUGAACAGGCCGCCCCUUACCACGGCCAUCACCCAUACCAUCAGUAUGCCAAUAGCCCCAGCUAUAUGCCAUCUGCUCAUGUGGACUCGAACGCUUACAAUGAUGCUGCUGCCGAUAAGAACUGCACGUCGGUGUAUCCUGAGCCUAAGGGGCCAUCUGGAACACGAUCUGCUUGA